CUUUCUGCUUCCAGUCUCGUAUCCACCAUUAGUCUUGAUUGAUUUGGGGUGCGGAAUUCCCAUAUUCAUCCUGAGGAUGAAUUGGUGACGUUAACCAUCGCAUCACCAUAAUUAUAAAAUACUACUAGCUAAAUGUUUGUCAUUUCCCCAGCUUGUCAGUCCAGAUCAUAACGCCCAGCUGCUGGUUGGUGUGGUACAUGCGCUGCAGGUAGCAGCUCAGCGGGUAUUCCUGCCAUCGACCAGGCACUGAGCUCUGGACUGUGCGGCGGCCGCUGGGUGUUGCAGUGCGUUGCCUCUUACGGUGUCUGCAGACCGAGUCAGUGGCACGCGCUGGCUCUCACUGGGAGAGAGAGACUCAGAGAGAGAUCGAGGCAAGGACAAGCAGCAACAGCAGCAGAACCGGCAAGACAGUCACACUGUAAUAUCAGGCCUUCAAUGUCACCGACCCCUGUCGCACUGGUAGGCCGCAGUGCGGAUGGAUGACUGGAACAAGGUAUUAGCUCACGACCAAGCGAAGUAUAUCUGAAAGGGUUGUGUUACCCUGUCCCCUUUGCUAUUUGUAUUGCAGGGCAGUAGGAUUGAAUUCUGCCAGUCUCAUCACUCCCAUGGCAUGCGGCAUAAUCCCGCUCCAAGUCCCAGACCGCCCAUGCACGUGUACGAAGUCGCUAGACCUCCAACACAUCAAGCUCAACGGUGACACGCGGAGAUCCUGUCAUAUCGCCGCCCUCCUCCGCCGGCGGUCUAUUACAGCGUUCGAAGGUCUUCGGGCUUGCUACUGGGAACACCGUCUUACACAUGGCCGGAGUUGGCAGUGCGCACUACAACUAAGUAACAGCUAGUUACUGCCACUACAAGUCUUCCUGAGUGGGUGAAUGCGAUGGCCAUUCUUUCGUGAGUGGCCAAAUGCCGAUGCAAGUCUGUUCUGGGACCGAAAUACCCUCUCCACAUCGGCCCAGUCCGGAUCGCCGCAGUGAAGUCUGCCUUUCAGCGAAUACACUGGUACAAGUAAAUGCAGCAAGGCAGCAACGUAACGUCGUAAUCUGCACAGCAGUAGAUCGCCUCUACUAGCACUCUACUAGCGCUGAGUCCGAGAGCGAUCUGGCCGGGAAAGGUGUCCCAGAAAGUACGGUGGGUUCUCAGGACGCGACUAGCAAGCGCAGCCGCGACUCGACUUUCGAGUCGACGCUCUUGAAGAAAUUUACAUCUCUAGUGGUGCGAGAGUGGUUGUCGAUGUGAUGUCACCUAGAGAUGGAGAGCUCGAGUUGAUCAAGUUGGACGCAUGCUACGUUGAGUAGUGAAGCCAAUCCACACCCGUACCCACCUACCGGCGGUGGCGAUAAAAACCCUAAAAACAUACUCUUCGCACUGACUGAGCCCGAGGCUCAGGAAGAAGAGAGGAAACGGAGAAUACACGUAUUGUGCUCGGUGAAGUCUCUAUCCACUUUCCAAUCUGGGGUUCAGUGCGAGAGUAUUGAACGGGGUUCAGUGCGAGAGUAUUGAACACAACAGAUCAGUUUCCUGACUGCUUGUCAAGUCUAACGCACUGCCCUCCGGCUCACACAGUCAUUUCCAACAGUAGCCAAUGAAAACUCCGACUGCUGCACAUUGCAAGACCUGAUCUUUCUUCAGUGCGAUGGUAAGUUACUAGGUCAGUCAAAGGUUUCGCUUGGCAAGGUUUACCCGAUCCGGACAGUUUAUCGUGUCAGUCGCUGAUGUCAGCCCGAAGCAGCAAGAAACUGAUUCUGUUGGAGCCCUGCAUGCGAUGGUCCAGCAAGACCACGGUACGUCCCACAGAAUCUACCACGCACAGUUUCGACCCCUGGAGUGACAAAGUAACAUUGCUUCGGGUACCCGAGGUCGCCCUAACUGAUCUGUAGGAGCGAGUUGUGCUUGCAAACGCUGGAUGUGUUUGGAAAUCCCUACUGUGCAGCGCGGUGCAUCUAGCCAGGUUCAUCCUAGUGCCUUCUAACUGCGGAAUUACGCACCAGACACGCCUGCUGUGCCCGCGUGCACACAUAAAUCCCCACGGUCAGAAUCAGUGGUGACAUGGCGAGCCGUGCUUCCUACGACCUAGACGCUGACUUGGCCAGCGUCGCAAGUAAGGUAGGGUUCAGUAGCAGCAGCAGCGGAAACAGCCUGUCAACGCCAGCCUCAGCCUCGUUCCUGGAAGGGUCCGCGGUGUCCGCGUCCUCAGGCUCCGAUCAAGCCUUGUACGACACUUCGGUGCACAAUGAGAGCGCUAUGGACACGGGCAGCGCUGGUGACUCCUUUGCGCCACUCCUAUCGCAGCUGUCGCCAGCACACGACGAUGAGAACGGGCAUCUCUCUUCCCCCGCUCCGGACGCUGACUGGGAUGUGUUCGAGUCGGAGCGGACCGCCCCGGGGACGGGGCCUGACGUCUGUGAUAUCAAUCCAAUGGAUACAACUACUUCGAGUUUCAUGGAGCAUUCCAAUGGUGAUUACGUCACUGGAAUAUCUACUGCAGGAAAUGACGAUGAAGAGCCGACGGAUCACCCACAGGGCUCUGUGCCUGACACGAACCACGAUGUCGAGUCGACGCCGACGGCCGUUGGUGGAAAACCAGCGACAUCCGCCACUGGUAGUGGCAAGGCCAGCAAAAAAUCAGGUCAGAGGAGCGGCCGAUCUAGCAGUCGUGACGCUGACGGCCGGAGCAAGUCGCAGCCGCGGCGUGGUGCCUGGGGCGGUAACAAGACGUACGUGCAAGUGAUCUCGGAGGCAAUCCUGUCCAGCACGCAGAAACGCAUCACGCUGAAUGAGAUCUAUGAUUACAUGAUCCGUAAUGAGAGCUACUUCAGAGAAAGAAAGGACAUUGGCACGUCCGCUGGUUGGAAGAACUCAGUCCGGCACAACCUCUCUCUGCACAAGAAGAUCUUCGGGCACAUGGAUCACGAUCAGCCGGGCAAGAGCUUCUACUGGUUCGUACGGCAGAGCGACAAGGAUGAAAACGAUCUGUUGUCCACUCCUGAAAGUUCACAGACACCCGGUGAGAGUAUGAGCACAGACUCCAGCUCAGUGUCAGGUAGUUCGCGUGCGUUGAGCGAAUCAGAUAGCGCUGUCAGCUCCAAGAAAAGGAAGAGGAAGAAGUGCCCACCGGCCACGACCGGAGGCGAACCUAUACGGCGAGGCCGACAGAGGGAGCAGGGCACUGCUGCUGCAGCCACAGAUGCUGUGGCUACGUCUCAGCCCUCAGCAUCAGCAACAGACACCAAAGCGAGCAGCGCCGGGAUCUUCGGUGCUUCAGUCCUGCGCUCCCCUCCACAGAAACAAGCCAAUAGGCGGGCGUCUUUGCAAUCCCCAAGCGCGGCAGCAGUGCAGCACGACACAGCCAGCACGGAGACAACGGAACAUAACUCAGCCGCUCGCAGUUGGCCAAUGUGUCCGGGCGCUGAUUGUGUGCUGCAAAGUCCAAUUGCGGAGCUGAACGAUGAGAUGGACCUGUCGUGUCAGCUCAACUCAACUGCGUUGCCAAGUGGCCCACAGCAGACGGUGAGCGAGACAUCCUCGUUGCCGAGAAAUCACUCCGCACCGUGCGGCACAGGCACCGACCCCCUGCACGAUGACUUUUUCAACCGCCUGUCGUCGCUAAACUCGCUGGCGAUCAGCGAGUCCGAAGUGUUCCUGUCCAGUCCCCGGACGAGCCUGAGCGCUCCCGGUAUGGACGGCCCUCUCCACUACACAACCAAUACCAGCAGUUACUCAGCCAGCACUGAGCUGGAUUGGUCUCAAUCAAACCUGCAGCCACCGGAACAAGUCAAGCAGGAGUUCAUGCCUGGCGGCUUACAACACUACCAGCAACAAAUCCAGCAACAGCAAUUGCAGCAAAAACAGCAGCAGCAACAGCAACAACAACAGGUUGGUGUUGUCGGGCAACACUACCACCACCAGCAGCAACAGCAACAACAGCAGCAGCAGCAGCAUUUCAAUUUCAGCGCCACGUCAUGCUACAAUUCCUUGCCCACGUCCAUGACGGCGUGUUCGCUGUGUUCAACGGACGCAUCGCCGUUACAAGAUCGCUCACUGCCACUACAUCACCAGCAACUGGCAGCCCAGGAGCAGCAGUGGGAACAGCAACAGCAGCAACAGCAGCAACAGCAUCAGCUACAUGUACGUGCUACACACCAGCAAAUGGAUAUGGCCUCCAGCAGUUGGGCCACACAGCAGCUGCAGCAUAGUCAGCAACUGUUGACACAGGGGCAGAUCAGCAGCAGCAUGGACUCCGGUAAACCUCACAGCACGUACGGCCUGCGAGCGGGGGGUGGGAUGGCGAACGCGGGUGAUCUGCGGGCGUUCACGACGCAGCAGAGCCGCGGAGCAGGGCAGAGUGGCGGAGUGUACGCAAGCCAUGCACCGGAUCAGGACUGCGAUCUGAGGCCCAAGUCCGGCUUUAUCGCCGAGUACCAGGCGUUGGCCACGCCGGAGCAACUGCCACAGCAGCAGAGCAGCUACCCAAGCCCUACGGUCAGGGGUGAACUGUUCGCGCCAGAACCGCUACCGCAAAUCUCUCCACAACAGCAGCGGGACGCGCCGAUGCACGCUCCGUCAAUCCAGCUGCAGCAACACCUCCAGCGCCUUUCACAAGAGCAACAGCGACAGCAGCAGCUACAGCAGCAUCAGCAGCUACAGCAACAACAGCACCAGCAACAGCAGCGAGAGCACCAACAAGAACCGUUUAGCAAGCAAGAGCUGCAGUUCUUGCAACUGCAACACCACCAGCAGCAGCAACUGCAGCAACUGCAGGCCACCCAUCUUGUUCCCAAGUACCAGCAACCAAUAACUGACCGUCACAGUGUGGCUGACGGUCAACCAGGCCAGGAACAGCACAAGCAUCCCUUCGCGCACGUCCUAUGGCAACGGCAACAACAGCAGCAGCUGGAGCAGCAGCAGAGCCUUGCCCCUGCAUUGCAAGCACAGAGCCACAGUCAAGUAGCAAAUUACAGUAGCAGUACUACCAGCAGCUCCCAUGGUACCUCCGCCGAGCAAUACCUACGCGAGUAUUGCCGUGGCAACGGGCUGAUAUCACCUGGCGUCGACCAAUCACAGCUUGCACCGCUUUCUCAGAUUGAGGCUGUCCCUCCCGUGGAAGAUCUUUACUUUGAUCACCACCAUUUCCAAUAGUCCGCUAGCUCCUGCGAAGGUUGUUAUGGUUACAGUUUAGACACGUUUCAGAGGACUAGUCAUUUCAGUUGGCCGCGACCAUGCAGGAAGGAUAUCAUACAAUUGUGUAGGCUAUGUGUACGCCCUGCUGUCAUAGGUGUGUUUGGCUUGGCAUCAACGCAAAAAAGCCUACACUCCCCCCCCCCCCCCCCAUCCAUCCCCUCGUGCUCCGGCGCAAACAAAUCCGCACACACACACGCACGCACGCACGCACACACACACACACACACGAACACACACACACGCACAUACACACAUGUAGACAUGCGCACAACUUUGACAGGUUGAGUUUUCAUUUGAUUAUCUAGCCUCGCUUACUGAACCAGAUCUCCUGCCUGCAACCUAAUAAUCAGAGCAUAAUCAUGCAGGCAAGGACCACACAUUAUGAUCAAGAGACCAGUAAAAUUCGUUUCCCACUAGCACUCACUUUCUGCAGAGCUUCUUUACGCGGAACAUAGAAAGCGGUACGUUCCGUCCCAGCUCGAGUUCCACACAAACGCUAACCCCAGUCAGUUGAAGAUUGUUUUCGUUCAAAACACUGCGUUGACAGAAAGCCUCAAUCUACAUUUUAGUGAACAUAUUAUUUUGUUUUUUUGAUGAUUACCUGUAGUUUUUAUUCUGUAUGCUGCAAUCUAUUGUCUUAUUGAGAAACAUCACUAUCCUGAGCAGUAUGUACAAGCUUGGCUGUGCAUCACACACAAAACUAGUGCAGCGUGUACAUAGUUGGCUUUGGAGCUGAAAUGCGAACAAGGAAUUCACCUAACCCAUGGCAUGCAGGGCACCCUGACAUGACCCGCUUUAAACGGCAAAGGCAAUCAUAUCCUCUUUACAGUCUAAUUUAUUGUGACGUAAUAAAGAGAGAAACUGGGCUUUAUUGUUAUCGGCUGCUUAUAUUAUGUAGAUGCGAUAUUUUUUCCUGCUCCAGUUCCGAUGUCAUGUUAUCCUGCUGUGUUUUAUCCAGCACUGUGGUAUCGAUGCUUCCUGCACGCGCAUCAUUUUGUCUAUGCUCCCAUUCUCACCACAGUGCUGAUGACUCAUGAUCAUCUCCACUACUUGUAGUUCUUGGGUGUAGUGUACCUGGUGUACUGCAAUAACUGGCAAGGUUACUAGUAUCCGAAUUUCCACCACCGACGUGUA